AUGCGGGCUGGAGGAAGAUGGGAAGGCGGCGGCGGAGCGGCCGCUGCCGCGUGCCCCUUGCUGGGUCUGACCGCGCUGCUGGCCGCCUUGCUGGGGACACACGCGGGCGUGGCCGCGCAGCACGGCGAGAAGGGCAUCUCCGUGCCGGACCACGGCUUCUGCCAGCCCAUCUCUAUCCCGCUCUGCACGGAUAUCGCCUACAACCAGACCAUCUUGCCCAACCUGCUGGGCCACACCAACCAGGAGGACGCGGGGCUGGAGGUGCAUCAGUUCUACCCACUGGUCAAGGUGCAGUGCUCGACCGAGCUCAAGUUCUUCCUCUGCUCAAUGUACGCGCCAGUGUGCACCGUUCUGGAGCAGGCCAUCCCACCCUGCCGUUCCCUCUGUGAGCGGGCCCGCCAAGGCUGCGAGGCCCUCAUGAACAAGUUCGGGUUUCAGUGGCCAGAGCGCCUCCGCUGUGAGAACUUCCCCGUCCACGGCGCGGGCGAGAUCUGCGUGGGGCAGAACACGUCGGAUGCCCCGCCAGGGACUGGCGGUGCGGCAGGCCGGGGGGCUACUGCCCAUCCCACGGCUGGCUAUCUCCCGGACUUCCUCACCCCCCCGCAGCCCCCAUCCGGCUUCUCCUUCUCCUGUCCCCGGCAACUGAAAGUGCCACCUUACUUGGGCUACCGGUUCCUGGGGGAGCGGGACUGCGGUGCUCCGUGUGAGCCAAGCCGGCCCAACGGGCUCAUGUACUUCAAGGAGGCGGAGGUGCGAUUUGCCCGUCUGUGGGUGGGUGUGUGGUCUGUGCUCUGCUGCGCCUCCACCCUCUUCACUGUCCUCACUUACCUGGUGGACAUGCGCCGUUUCAGCUAUCCGGAGAGGCCCAUCAUCUUUCUCUCUGGCUGCUACUUCAUGGUGGCAGUGGCCUACGCAGCAGGUUUCUUGCUGGAGGAGCGGGUGGUUUGUCUGGAGCGCUUCUCUGAGGACGGCUACCGCACUGUGGCCCAAGGCACCAAGAAAGAAGGCUGCACUAUCCUCUUCAUGAUUCUCUACUUUUUCGGCAUGGCUAGCUCCAUCUGGUGGGUCAUCUUGUCCCUCACCUGGUUCCUGGCUGCUGGCAUGAAGUGGGGCCAUGAGGCUAUUGAGGCCAACUCCCAGUAUUUCCACCUGGCUGCCUGGGCUGUGCCUGCUGUCAAAACCAUCACCAUCUUGGCCAUGGGGCAGGUGGAUGGGGACGUACUCAGUGGGGUGUGUUAUGUAGGUAUCUACAGCGUGGACUCGCUGCGGGGCUUUGUGCUGGCUCCCUUGUUUGUGUACCUCUUCAUUGGUACUUCCUUCUUGCUUGCUGGCUUUGUGUCCUUGUUUCGCAUCCGCACCAUCAUGAAGCAUGAUGGCACCAAGACAGAAAAACUGGAGAAGCUGAUGGUGCGUAUUGGCGUCUUCAGUGUCCUCUACACAGUACCUGCCACCAUUGUCCUGGCAUGUUACUUCUAUGAGCAGGCCUUCCGUGGCACCUGGGAGAAGACAUGGCUCCUCCAGACCUGCAAAACCUAUGCUGUGCCCUGUCCCAGUCACUUUGCCCCUAUGAGCCCAGACUUCACUGUCUUCAUGAUCAAGUACCUCAUGACAAUGAUUGUUGGCAUCACGACUGGCUUCUGGAUCUGGUCUGGCAAAACCCUUCAAUCCUGGCGACGCUUUUACCACAGACUCAGCACCGGCAGCAAAGGAGAGACGGCGGUAUGA